UGUAUUCCAUGGGAAGUCACCAGUCCUCACCAUAACCUGAUCUCUCUUAGGUACGAUUCCUUGCAUUCAGCACAUGUUCAUGCAGACACAUUGAACGCAUUGGAACAUCGCUCUCGAGCCUUCCAUUGCUCCACGCGACCAAAAUUCUCGCAGGAAUAACCGGCCUUCCUUUCCGUCAAUCCAGCCUUGUCCUGGCAUUUAAUAUCACUCAACCUCUCUUUCAUUGUUCUCUCACAACUCAAAAGUACCUUUCACACUCAACCUCGAUCACGACCAAUCACAUAACACACACGAAACAUCAUGGUAGCGGAAACAAAACUCUACGAUGCCCUCUCGGUAUCUCCUACUGCUACACAAGAAGAAAUCAAGAAAGCAUACCGCAAAGCCGCAUUAAAAUGGCAUCCGGACAAGAACAAAGACAGUCCCAACGCUUCAGAAAAAUUCAAGGAGGUCUCACAAGCAUACGAAGUUCUUUCGGAUCCGGAGAAAAGGAAGGUGUAUGAUCAAUAUGGCCUGGAAUUCUUGCUAAGAGGAGGUCAAGCCCCACCGCCAGGUGCCGAGGGUAUGGAUGGUAUGCCUGGCGGUGGUGGUUUCGGAGGAAUGCCAAGCGGAUUCAACUUUAGUGGAAUGCCAGGAGGAGGGGGUGGUGGUGGCACGAGAAGCUUCCACUUCAGUACCAACGGUGGUGGUUCAGGAUUCAGCUUCUCCGAUCCCAAUGACAUCUUUUCGAGUUUUGCACGCGGUGGUGGAGCAGGAGGAGAAGAUGAGGAUAUCUUCAACUUAUUCGGCGGCGCAUUCGGUGGUGCAGGUGGGAGACCAGGAGGCGGUACUAGGAGGAGCACCACAGGAUUCAGUUCACGACAACCUCGACCUCAAACACCAGAAGUCUCCGUCGUCGAACGACAAUUACCCGUCAGUCUGGAGGAGAUGUAUAAAGGUGCACACAAGAAGAUGAAGAUCAAGAGGAAGACAUUCAACGCACAGGGACAACGGACCACAGAAGAUAAGAUCUUGGAGAUGGACAUCAAACCUGGAUUGAAAGCUGGCUCAAAGAUCAAGUUUUCUGGUGUGGGCGAUCAGGAGGAAGGAGGCACUCAAGAUCUACACUUCAUCGUCACCGAGAAGCCUCAUGCAACACUCAUCCGGGACGGCGAUGAUGUCAAGACCACGAUCGAGUUGGACCUCAAAGAAGCACUGACGGGUUGGAAGAAGACCGUCACGACCAUUGACGGCAAGCAGUUGAGCGUGUCAGGUUCCGGACCAACUCAGCCCGGAUACGAGGAGAGAUUCCCUGGUCUGGGUAUGCCUCUAAGCAAGAAACCAGGCGAGCGCGGCGACUUUAUCGUCCAGGUCAAGGUCAACUUUCCGAAGUCGUUGACGGCAGCACAGAAGGCCAAGAUCAAAGAAGCACUUCCUUAAAACUGUUGGAGUGUGCACAGAAGAAAAAGGAGUUUUAUCGACAAGGAUCGGCGUUUUCAGCGACUCAAUGGUCGAUGACGAUCCAGGGUUUGAGACGAUUUAUGAAGGACAGAGGACGUCGCGUCCAUGCAGGGCGUUUUACUCUGGAUAUGGAAUGCAUACAGUCUAUUCGAUGCAGGGAAAGGAAAGUUUAAUGGCGUAAGGGGUUGAUCAUGGGUGGCUUAUGAUGUGCUGUUGUCCACAGAGUUAUUGGACCAUAUGCGCGCUGCUGGUAUCCUCGUCAGGAGAAUGAUGAUAGCCGAGAUGUCGAAAUAAAACAGUUCACCAAUAGCUUACAAUGAAGUGCUUUGCAUGUUCUACAUUUUCAAUCAUGU